UCAUUCGAACUAGUGUCUCCUCCACACGCAUCGACAUGGUCUAUCGCUUGCACAUCCUCUUCCUCCUGGCCGCACUCGCGUGGCGAGCGGACGGGCAGAAGCGAUGCUACACGUGCACCACGAGCAACCCACCACCCGGCGACCCCUGCGUCGAGGACCCCGCGAACGUCGAAAAUGGCAUCAACCCCUGCGACAAGAACUACUGCACCAUCUUCCGACAGGAACUAACCGAAAAACCAGGAAUCAUUCGCUCCUUCUCUCGUGGCUGCGUGGACAGGCUCGAUAGGCCGGACGGAAACUCCGUGAAUCCCCACUUCAUCCAGUACCAACGGAGCUGCCAGACGGACCUCUGCAACUCCGGCGAUGGGACCGAUCCUGUGGGCGGCGGAGGAUCCGGAAACGAAGGAAAGAAUGCUCCGGACCAACUCAAGAAAGAAUGA